UUUUAGCUGGCAGCUCAGGACAGCGCAGCGAAGCUCCGCUCCGCCGGCGGGGCGGGCGGGGCGGCAGCCGAGGGAGGACCGAGCCGGCAGGGCGGGCGGGCGGACGGGGCACCGGCGGAGAGAGGUUACCGCAGGCGAGCUGCAGCCAGCCGGGCUGCGGAGCGCCGCCGCCCCCGGCUCCCGCCCCGGCGGCUGCGAGCAGGGAGAGGCAGGGACAGACAGGCAGCGGCCUCCGGCGUCCCCUCGCUGCGGCCGCGGCUCACCCCGGGCUGGCGACUCGGUGCCUGGCUUCUCCCUCGCCGCAGCCGCGGCGCGCCGGGGCCCUGCAGAUGGCCAGUCCUGGGUUGGAGCUGGGAGAGGUUCAGCCUCCUGCCGAGCCCCCCCAGCCUGAGCUGGCCUUCACCGAGGCUCAGAAAUGGAUCGAGCAAGUGACGGGCAGAAGUUUUGGUGAGAAAGAUUUUCGUUCAGGAUUAGAAAACGGCAUUCUUCUGUGUGAGUUGCUGAAUGCAAUAAAGCCAGGAUUGGUAAAAAAGAUCAACAGACUACCGACCCCCAUUGCAGGUUUGGAUAAUAUCAUAUUAUUCUUAAGAGGCUGCAAAGAACUGGGACUUAAAGAAUCUCAGCUUUUUGAUCCUGGUGAUCUGCAGGACACAUCAAACAGAGUAACCAUCAAGAAUAUUGACUGUAGUAGGAAGCUGAAAAAUGUAUUAGUCACCAUUUAUUGGCUAGGGAAAGCAGCAAACAGCUGUACAUCAUAUAGUGGAUCAACCCUGAACCUGAAGGAGUUUGAAGGCUUCCUGGCACAAAUGAGAAAGGAAACAGAGGAUAUUGAGAGCCCCAAGCGCAGCAUUCGUGACAGCGGCUAUAUAGACUGCUGGGACUCUGAACGCAGUGAUUCCCUCUCCCCGCCUCGCCACGGCAGAGAUGAUUCCUUUGACAGUCUGGACUCCUUUGGCUCCCGCUCGCAGCAGACACCGUCUCCAGAUGUAGUGCUCAGAGGGAGUAGUGAUGGGAGAGGAAGUGACUCGGAAACUGACCUGCCACACAGAAAGAUGCCAGAUGUGAAAAAAGAUGAUAUGUUGGCGAGGCGGACCUCACAUGGUGAACCUAAAUCAGCUGUGCCUUUUAACCAGUACCUCCCAAACAAGAGUAAUCAGACUUGCUAUGUACCUGCUCCGCUUCGGAAAAAGAAAGCUGAACGAGAGGAGUACCGAAAGAGCUGGAGCACAGCCACGUCACCGCUCGGAGACAGACCUUUCAGCAAACUCCACCCUGAAACCAUAGAAGAAGAACUGAAUGAAACGUCAGGACUGUGUGAAAAGGAGAAAGUGGGCUCCAUGUCUCCUGAAGCAAGCUCCCUUAAAAAUCAAUUAGGUGUGAAUCAAAGUGAAGAAAACGCCGUAGAUCAGUCUCCUUCAUGUAGUGCAAAAGAAACAUCAGCACCCAAAGGGAAAGAUGUGGAAGAGAUCAGAAAGUUAAGAAGACUCGAAGAAGCUGGUAUUACGGUCAUGUCAGCAGCCCAGCGCUAUGGCAGUAAAAAGCCAGUAUGUGAAGACAGUGGAAGCACCCCAGAUAUCAUCCUUCGCAAAGACAACCCCUUCAUGACACAUUAUCAAGGAAAGGAUUCUGGUUCAGAAGAUGAAGCAGCCAGCAGAGUUCCUGAUUUAGAAAAGGAUGACUUUGCCACCCGGAGAGCCAGAAUGAAUCAACCCAAGCACAUAGUUCCAUUUAACUCCUUUUUAGUUGGAUCCUGUACAAGUAAAGAGAAAGGUAAACUGGAAGAUGUUAAAAAGCCAUUGCAGAUGGAAAAAAAGGAACAUGCAAGAAGAAGAAGGGUGCACAUGACAUCAGUAAGGCAAACAGCUACAAAUAAAGAGAACCCGCUUCUGCAAAAUGAGAAGACUGAGUCAGAGGAGGAACAGCAGGUGAAAGAGCUUGAUAAUGAGAGAGAUGAUUUGGCAAAACGGAAAUCUCAAAGCAUCCUUCCUCAGCUACAAGAAGAUGUGCUUUUUGUCAAUGCCUCUAUAACAAAAGCAGACCUGGAGACCUGGAAAAGAUUGAAACUGUCUGGGGAGCCCAGAGAAGAAGAUUUCAGAUGUUCCAGCAACACUCUGCCACCAACUGAUACCACGGUGAAAGCAGUAGCCCAUGAUGAUUUUGCUGUCCGCAAAACCAGAGCAAACAGAAAGGCUGGUAGCCCCAAGCAGAAGUUUGUGCAUUUUGGGCCAGUAACUGAGAUUGAUCAACAGAAGUGGGACAAGCUCGUUAUUGGCAGAGUUUCAUCCAAGAGUGGAACAGAAGAGGAAAGCAGGAAAGAUGGUGUGGAAAGUCUCUCUGGUGUUGAAAGCUCUCCUUCAACCGCUGCUGUCAGUCUUGGGUUUGCUGAAUACAGCAGUGAAGUAUCUGAGCCAGAAAAUGAAUCCAGUGAGGGAGGAGUCAAGUCAGGUACAGAUGACUCUUGCAGGAGAAUUCCUGUACCAGCUUCUGAUGACAUCUCUGAGGAACAAACCCCAUGGAGUUUGAGCAAACAGCAAGAAAGUGCCAAGGAAGAAUAUGACAGGAAUUUACCAGAUAUAGAGAGAGAUGAUAUGUUGGUUAGAAGGAUGGGAAUUUUUCUGAGGCGUACCACAAGCUCCAUUCCCAUAAAUUGUCCACCCUUGUCAGUAGCUCCUUAUCUGCUGCAGCAGCAGCAAGAGGAGGCUGUAGCUCGUGAAAAGGAUUUGAAGACUCUGCAGGAAGGAGAAAGUACUGUCACACAAGAAGAGAGCCAAGAACAGCUUGAAAUCCCUCAGCUGCAGAGUGAUGGAACAGAAAACAAAAUGAAAUUUCCAGACCCUCAAAGAGAUGACAUGUUAGCCAGAAGAACUGGAGCUUUUCUUAAACAGCCUGGGCCCAGUGUUAAGCAGUUCCUUCCCAUGCCAUUUUCAAAGCAGCAGAAUAAGCAGGGCACAGCUACAGAACUUGAGAAGAAAACCGCAAGGCCUGAAAAAUGUCCACAAGUCUACACUAAUAGCUCUGGAAAACCUGCAAUAGAACCACCACAAGAACAGCAGCAAGGGCAGGAGGACAGUCUCCCACCUACAGGACAAGAUGAGAUUACUAGUACUGCCCAAGUGGCUGAAGAUGGCAACAAUGAAAUCCACCUUGGUCAGACAUCUAAGCUUCAGGAGGUUCCUGAGGAAAACAAAAUGGAAACACUUUCAUCCAAGGAUGAGCAUCUGCAAACAUUCGGCCCCAGAACUGCUGUGUCUGAUGACGCAGAGAGUAUGAGUAUGUUUGACAUGAGAUGUGAAGAAGAAGCUGUGGCUCAGCCUCAUAGCAAAGCUCGCCACGAGAAGCUGCAGAAUAUAAACAACCAGCUGAAAGAGGACGAGACCAGAUGGCAAGAUGACCUGGCUCGGUGGAAGAGUCGUCGAAGGAGCGCUUCACAGGAUUUGAUUAAAAAGGAAGCUGAGAGAAAGAAAAUGGAGAGGUUGUUGGCUGGAGAUGGGACAAAUGAGCGCAGAAAAAGCAUCAAAACCUACCGAGAAAUCGUGGAGGAGAAAGAGAGAAGAGAGCGGGAGCUUCAUGAGGCAUAUAAGAAUGCAAAGACACAGGAGGAGGCUGAGAGCAUCCUCCAGCAGUACACUGAAAGAUUCACUAUCAGUGAAGCUGUCCUUGAGCGUUUGCAGAUGCCAAAAAUUCUAGAAAGAAGCCAUUCAGUGGAACCAAAUUCCCCACUGAAAGACACAAAUCCUCUGAGAUACUUAAGGCAACAGUCACUUCCUGCUCCAAAAUUCACUGCCACGAUUGAAGCAACCAUUGUUCCCACCACUGAACUAGAGCCCAGCAGUUCAACAGGAUGCACAUCUCCCAGCAGAAGUGUCUCCAAGGCUGUGCCUAUGCUGACACCCAAGCCUUAUUCACAACCCAAAAAUACACAGGAAGUGUUAAAGAACUUUAAGGUAGAUGGAAAAGUCAGCAUGAAUGGAGAAAACGUCAAUGGCAUGGAAGAAAAGGAUAAAGAAUGUACAACAGUAAUAUUUACUACUUCACCAACCAGAUCUCUGAAAUUUGAUGGAGUAGCCAGAGGGGACAAGCCCCCGGUAGAGUUGAAGAAGGACCCCCCAAGUGUUGAGCUCGGUUUACAGAGGCCUGCCACUCAGAGUGUGCACAAAGAGCCAACAGCCUCCCCAGUGGAACUGGAUGGAGCUGCCAGCCUGCAAGCCGAGCCCACCCCCAGCAGUGCGACACCUGCCCCCCCGGAGUGCCCAUCCCCAGAUCAAAAGCAAUUCAAGUCAACUGCAGCUUGUUCCAGCCCUGUUGUGAAGAGAUUAGAAUUUCUUCCCAGUCCUGUCCCUUCAGAGGAAACUGUUUCAAGCAAGAAAGAUGUGAAGAAAGCUGAAAUAGAGCAGCAGAAGGAAGCAGAGCUCCCUCCUACACAGGAGGUGAUUAAAGCAAAACCUCUGGAAGAAAAGGGGAGUGUAGUGCUGCCAUUUUUAAAGAAACUGCCCGAAACCAGCCAAGUUACUCUGCAUAACUCUGGUCUACAAGAGCUGCCCCGCGGGGCCGUGGUUCCGCUUAGGGUCCGCAACCACUGGCGGCGCUCACAGUUUUUCUCGCAGUCAGCUGAUUCUGAUACUGGUGAUAAAUCAAAUCGUUUCAAUUUCUGGUCCUGGGAUCCAGAAGAAGAGCGAAAGCGCCAGGAAAGGUGGCAGCAUGAACAAGAACGCUUGCUUCAGGAGAAAUACCAGAAGGAACAGUACAAGCUGAAAGAGGAAUGGGAAAAGGCCCAGAGAGAAGUUGAAGAGGAGGAGCGUAGAUACUAUGAGGAGGAACGAAAGAUAAUUGAGGAUACUGUAGUUCCAUUCAUUGUUUCUUCAAACUCUGCUGAGCUCCUCUCCUCUUCUUCCUCUACCACUGAAGGAAACAAGACAGUGAACUCAACUGAUUCAAACAGCUGUCCAGGGGAAGGCAAGCAAAAAGAAGUUCUGAAGCAGAAAAAACUGCUCUGGGAGCAGGACGGUAUGUCAUCUCUGACAAGCAAGGAAAGUGAGCUCUGGCAAGAAAAGAGGAGUGGAAAUAAAGUGCUCUCAGGAUACCCAGGGACUGGUAUCUUGAAAGGAGGAAGUGAACAGGAGCACCACAUGCCGGUGAUGGAGCGCAGCUCACCUGCCAGACUGAAUCUGCCACUGGCUCAGGAUGAGAAUGUCUCCUGGAAUCAGCAGUUGCUGACAAAGCGAUCUCCACAGUGUGCAGAGGACGUUCGGCAGAGACCGUUCCUGGGCCAGACUGUGGGACAGCAACCAAGCUCUGCAGGGGAAGCAAGGAGGGCAGGCUAUCAUGAGAACUUCCGAUCUGGGCCGUCAUCUCCCUGCUCUCCUGCUGCUCUGAGUCAGUCACCCAACAGGUACUAAAGGUCUGUCAGCGGGAAGAAGCUGUGUUCUACCUGUGGUCUCCCUCUUGGAAAAGGAGCUGCCAUGAUUAUUGAAACACUCGGUCUUUAUUUCCAUAUUCAGUGCUUCAGGUGUGGUGUUUGCAAGGGCCAGCUGGGAGAUGCAGCGAGUGGCACAGAUGUCAGGAUUAGAAAUGGUCUUCUUAACUGCAACGAUUGUUACAUCCGAUCCAGAACUGCUGGACAGCCAACUACAUUGUGACAUGACUUUCAGUCCUAAUAAAUUUCAAGAAGGAACUCUCUUCUCAUAUGUAUCGGCUGCCUCCAGACAAUCACUUGUAAAAGCUUGAAUCCAUGGACAUGAUGGCUCUCAUCUCAUUUUUAAAAACUCACAAAAAGCUGCACCUGCUCCUUUGAAAUGCAAUGUGUUGGUUUUUGCUUCCUUAAGAAAUUUGCAAAAUAUGUAUGACCAUGUUUGGGAAGGCAAAGCCUAAGUACUAUAAAAAAAAAAAGCAAAACCACCUUUCAGGUAUGCUUAUGAUACCCAGUCUAUUACCUUGUUCUGUUGAAAGUAAUAAGAGAAUAAACAUGCAAUAAAGCUGUUUUGUUUUAAUAUUUCUAGCAAUUAAAAAGUUUAAGUUUACAAAACCUUUAUAGAAUAUGCCAACUUGAGCUGAAAAGUAAUUUUGAGAUAGUAUCUAAUCAGUGCAUUUGAAAAACUAAACAUCACAGCACAACUUCUCUGUUAUAACUGAAGCUAUAACUUUUUUUAUACAGAGACUAGUUUGAUAAUACAUCCUGUACUUCUGAAGCAUUUUUUGUUUAUAUUACCUUCGAUGGAGGGUAGAAGUUAAACAAAUAAAUUAUUGCACCUUUAGUCAUAGGACUUUUUGUUUGUGUACCUCAAGUAAUGUUCAUGACUAUAGCUUAAUAUUCUCUGAAAUAAAGAUUUCUUCAUUAAACCUAAA